AUGCCAACUUCUCCUCCUCCGGCAACCUCAGCCGGCAAGCCGGCGGCCUCCAAGCCAACACAGCCAGAGAGCGGCAAGCUUACCGCCCAGCAACUUGCUGCGGUGAUGACCGCAGCCACCGCCCCUUCCUCCGGCUCGCAGACGCUAGCUCUGCACGUCGGCCGCGCCGCCGUUGUGGCCGGUGAAACGGCCUCCGCCCAAGUAGGCCGGAUUACCGAGUUCCAACAUGGAGGCAUUGACCUUGGUCAUCUGCUCGAUUACGCUGAAAAGUGGAAUCAGGAGGAUCUGACGCCGGCGACGAGCGGCCUAGGCAAGGACAAGCUGCCGGUGGUCGAUCCUUCUGGCCCUCAGAGCACCGGUCAACACUUUGGCCGGCUGCGGCGUGCGGCUAAGGAUUUCGACAAUGCGUGGCACGAUGCCAGCACCAACGUGUCGAUUCUCAAGAUUAUAUAUAAUCUCCCAGUCCCCGAGUUUCGUGUUGAGAGCGCAGCACUUAGUGCGAAACUUUGUUCUGUUCCGGAAGCCUCCAUCGAGGCCCUCAAAUCUCAGCUCGCCACCCUUCAAGCUGAAAAGGAGCAGCUCAUCACCGUGCACCGCGAAGUGAAGGAGCAGGCCAUGCAGGCUGAGCUCCGGCAUGCGCGGGAGCUCAAGGAGGCCAAAGCCGCAGCAGAGGCCAAACUGGACGAAUCCCUGAAGGAGUACACGAACUCCACUGCUGUGCUGCGGGCGGAGAUGGAGGAGGAGACCGUGGCGCGGAAGGCAACGCAAGACCGGCUCGCUCUCCUGGAGGCGGAGCAAAAGGAGUACGACCGGUUGGUUGUGCAGACUGACGCGCUUGCCCUCCGGCUCUUUCCGGACUCCCAGGCGCAUGCCCACAACAAAGUGGCGGAACGCAGGGUGGAGCAAGAAAUGGCCAAUCCGGAUGCGCCCUGGGAUCCAUAUGACCAUCUGGUUGCGCUCUCCGCCCGGGUCCAGCACAUGCGCUCCGUGGAUCGGCAUCUUGCUGAUCUUCCGGAUGUUGCUAUCCAAAUCUGCAAAGUGCUGUGGCCUGGGGAGCCGGUGCCUGCCAACGUCACGCUCACCGCCAACCGGUUGAAGGACGCCGACCGGAGGAUUCGCGAAUGGAAGUGUUCGGCGGCUCAUGCCGGAGCGGAUGCGGCGCUGCGCAUCGCCUGCUCCUGGUACGAUGACUUGGAUCUGGAUGCUUUCCAUAGCCUCCGCGCCGAUGCUCCUACCGACAUGGAUCCGGUCCGCACCACCAAGCGCCAGGACCGCGCCUACCGGAUAGCGGAGUUCGCCCACGUGCACACCUUCAUCCCUCCUCCCCCCGACAUCAAGGAUGCACUUUCUGACGAUGAGGAAGAAGUCGAGGACGAGGAGGAUGGAGAAGCUGGUGAAGACGAAGCUCCCCCGGAAGCUCCUGAGGCCGGUGAUGCUCCUCCUGAAGCCCCUGCUGCUUAA